AUGGACGACAUCAUGGACUUGGACCCGGACAAGUGCCGGCUGAAAGGUCCGGGAUACACAGGCGGCCCCGCGGGGGCCCGGCUGAACGUCGACGUCACCCUCAACAAGGCCGACGGCUCCCGUCUCGUGUGCGGGCACGCCACGGUGACGGCGCGCGUCAUGCCCGCGCGCGGCGGGCCGGACGCCCCGCCAGCUGCGGAGGCGUCAACAAAGGACAACCACGACGGCACGUUCGUGUGCGUGUACACCGCGCCGCCCCGCGGCAACUACAUGCUGCACGUCGAGGUCAUGGGCAUGCCCAUCGCCGGCACCCCGGCGCCGCUCUUCAUCGGCCCGGAAGACAAAUCGUACAAAGACUACGUCGAGAAGGGCGACGUCGCUGCGAGGGACAAGGACGCCGACGCGGGGCCGGAGCAGCUCGGCGCGAAGCAGCGCACGCCGCCGCCGCAGGCGGCCUCCGAGGCGGCGCAGGGGGGGGGUCCGAAGGAGGUGUUUAUGGGCCCCGGGACUGCGGCAGGGUUGGUGCACGCGCGGAUUUUCGGGAUGCUGGUGAUGAACGCGCAGCCGGAGCAGGUGCAGGAGCUCGCGAGGGACCGGAACGCGAGCGCGGUGUUCGUCAUCGGCGACGGCGUCCGCCAGGCGCGCACGCGGCACGUCGAGGCCUUCAUGAGUCAGGUGGGGCCUGUGCUGUCCGUGUCGGACGAGAAGAGCGACGCCGGAAGCCUGCGCGUGGAGCUCGCGUCGCCGCUCAAGGCGCAGCAGGCGCUCGCGCUCAGCGGGCAGGAGUUGGCGAUGGAGGGGCGCAGGGUGGUGGUGCGGGUGGUGGCGGCGCCGCCGUCGGGGCCCUCGCUGGCGCUGAUCCAGGCGAUCAAGGCGGCGGAGUCGCAGGGGCAGCAGACGGCGCAGGAGCAGGCCGGGGCGGCGCCGGCCGCGGCGGGCGGCGACUUGAUGUCGCGGAUGGCGGCGAUCAAAGCGGCGCUGUUGCAGCAGCAGGCGGAGGCGGCGCGCGCCGCGGAGCGCGACGGCGCUGCGGAGAGGAGCCGGAGGGACUCCGAGCGCGACCGCGAGCGGGGCCGGGACCGCCAUCGCGACCGGGACCGCGACGAGUGGGCGCAGUCGGAGCCGGAGCCGGGAGCGUCGGCGCGGGCGGCGCGACGACGACAGGGGGGGGUCUUCCCGACGGCGGCACGACUCUAG